CUGAAAGUAGAAAAACAUGGCGGACCACAGAGACCUUGAUCCUAUAUUUCCUGGACGAAAUGAGGGAUGUUUCCAUGCAAGCAAAGGUUAAUUUGUGAUAGUAUUGUUUGUAAAUAAUUAAAUGAUAUUUUAUCUUAAUGCAGCUAAUUGCUUUAUCAUACUAGGUCCGUUUCGUUUCGUGCUGCUAAUUUUUACGUGUAUGCUGACGUUCGGGUCGUAUUUUUGCUUUGAUAUGCCGAGGUGAGUUUUUCCAUAAAAUUUCUUUUCCAGCGUUAUAUAUCUGCAUUAGAAUAUGUAUUUUUUUUCAAUUGUAAAUUUUUGAAAUAUUCAACGUAAACAGUGUACAUUACUAUUCAAUUGCAGUGUUUUGCAAAACACCUUCACAGCGGUGAGUGUUCGUUUAAUACCGCUUUGUGUUUGUCUUUCCUAAAUGAGGAGUUAACAAGUCAGAACUUACUUUUUAUCAAAAUGAUGUUAAUUGCCCCGAACUUAAUUUUUCAAUGGCAAAACUUGCGAAAGAAAGACUUGGUAGGUUCACCUAUGAACCAACCAGACAAUAUUUUUCUUUUUAAUCACUUAGCAAAAAGAUGAACUUGAUAUUGAGACUGAAAUUUGACGGGUAAAAUGGGGGUCACCAAAUUUGAUUUAGACUUUCACACACAAAGGGCUAAGAUUAGCGGUGUUUGCAUGAGGAAAUAGUGUUUCUCUGGUAAUCUUCUUUUUUUGUUUUUUUGUUGUCUCUUUUGCAGCCUUCACAUCCUAACAGCACAGGAAACUGUACAACAGUGGACGGAAAGCCAAUUGACAAGAUCCAUAGUAAUGGAACUCAUUGUACUAGUGGCCUGGAGUUGACUGAAACACAAUUUAAUUUGCUGUAUGCUAUAUAUGCUUGGACGUAAGUGAAGAUAUAACUUUGUUACCUAAUAGUUUGCUUGAAAAUGAAUAUUCUCUUUCUGCUUCCUUUUUUGGUAAAUUACCUGAUUGGCAAAGCCCUCUUUUAAUGAUUCCAAACUCAUGCUGUUGUUGAGGCAGAUGUUGCUGGGAAUUUGGAAACUUUGAGAUAUAGAGCUUGUGGAUGUUUAUAGAGCACACUUUUAAAAUGUAAUCAUAAGCCAAGUUCUUUUUAUGUAUAUUACUUAAAUUGAAUUAAUUGAAGGUAUUAAGUGUCCCAGAUUUUGAAUCAGUGCAAAAUUCUUGUUGUUACUGGCUCCCAAUUGCUGAAAACCCAUCAUGUGUUUUUGGAACACAACCAAGCUAAAAUUAAGUCAAGUCUCAGGAAAAUAUUGUAUUAUUGAUAACUGUGAGAGCAUAGGUUGCCAAUUUUUAGGUCUGUUCUCUUGCAGAGCCCUCUAGCUUUGCUUCUGCUAUAGCUUUUAAGAGCUUGGUACUGCAGAUUAUUAUGACAAAACCCCUAAGGCAGUGUGUAAUUCUUCUAAUAACACAGUGUUUCUUAUAUUACUCUUUUGCAGGAAUGCAAUAGUUGUUGUACUGGCUGGAUUUUUAAUUGACAAGUUGGGAAAUCCAAGUAAGUAAGGAGGUAAAUUACAGAUGUUUUGAGGUGCAAAACUGCAGCCAGAAGUUGUGAGCCCUUUUCCCUAUCACUUAUUUGAGAUUUUCUAUACAAAGCAUUUGGUUUUAAUCUCAAAAAACAAGCUAGUGCUUUCCAGUGAACUGGUUUAAGAAGUUGCCUUCCUUUUCCCAUCAAAAUAUCCAUCACAAAGGAAUCCAUGCUGAUGAAUUCUGUGCUGUCUUCUCAGUUUUCUUAAGUACCAUCAGGAUUCAUAACUGUUUAACAAGUAAUUACUUUCAGUUAAAAAAAAAUUAAAACCUGUGUCAUUCCAUCCCUAUAGAAUGUGUUACAGCAAUGAAAGCACAAUAAUGUUAAUUAUUGUUUGAAGAGUGAGGAGCUAUGACUUUUACCAAAGUGGUUGAAGUUUCCUCUCUUUUUAUUCAUUUCCAUGGUGAUGCAAAUCAAUGAGGUGUAAUACAUAACAAAACAACAGACAAAAAAAGAACUCAGAAACUACAGUACAAUAUUUAUGCAAAUUGAUUUCCUCUUACAGUUGGUGCCCUGUUGUUUUCAUCCAUGUGCCUGGCUGGUACUUCUGUGUUUGCUAUAGGACUGUACUUUGAAGGAAGGUCGGCCAUGUUUCCCGUUUUCUUAUUGGGUAGAAUACUGUUUGGGUAAGUUGAUAGAGUGGUCUUUUAAAGCUUGCUCUAGUUUUUUCAGUUGUGAUUAUUUUUAUAAAAAAUUGCAAUAAAACAUUUCUUAAAAACAUUCUAAGAUUGCUAUAAAACAACGACGUUUCAACUUUGGCUAAAGAUCAUUAUCAAGUCAAAAAAUGCUCAUAAUUUGUAGUCUAUAUAUACCAAAAUAACAAUGGAUGAUUAUUCCCUUGCUUAAUAUAGAAAGCAUGAUUGCUUAUAUUUAUUUCAUGAUUAAUUGAUUGUUAAUGUGUCUAUUGAUUAGCUCUAGGCCCAAAUAAUAUCUGGAAGGUGCAGGUUUGAAGCCCAUCCCUUCACUGCUUACUUGGGAGAAUAAUUUAUUUACCUAUAGACAGUGCACCUGUGGAUAAAUGGGAGAUCAGAUUUAGAAAAAAAACACUCAAUCAAAAUUAAUUCUAAUCAUUUCAAAAGAUAUAAAAAUGUCAAAGUAUUUAGUAAUAUUAGAUAUUAAAUUACUGUCUUUUUGAGCUGGUUAUCUAAUAUUGAUUUAUGGAAAACAUGGUAUUUUUCUCAUGUUUGACAUUUUCUUUACCACAGGUCUGGAAAUGGCUCAUUAACAAGUAAGUUCUAGACUUUGUAUAAAUUGGGAUUAAAUAGUUUGUCUGACUAUUAAAAGCCCAUCUCUAUGUGGUGCAGUUGUGAGAAACUUCCCUUCUGUCUUUCAAUCUAUCAGGAGACCACUGAAUCUUUUUCAAAUUAACCAAAUAUAAAACUUUUGAUUAUGUAUAUGAAUUUUUUGCAUGUUAUUUAUGUACAUAGCUACAUUUUAUUCUCACAGUUGUGCAAAACAGAAUAUCUGCAAUGUGGUUCAAAGGAAAGGAACUUGCUUUUGCGUUUGGUUGUAUUCUGGCAUUUUCAAGACUUGUAAGUUCUUGCAACUAAAUUUCAUGUGAACCUGAAAUUUGCAUGGUUUUAAGGACAACUUGAUAAUAGCUUAUGUCCAUAAUAGAUUGUGGACAUUAUUUUCAGUCUGUCCAAUCGUUAGAGAUUAGGGUCUGUUAGUUCAUUGGCUUCUUAUAGCCAGAAUGUUUUUUUAAAUAAUAUUUUUAUUGAGAACUAAAUUGAUUUUUGAAAAAUGAUCAAAUGCUGUUUGUAACAAUUUUUUGUGUACCCAAUCAUAUUUGCAAGUUUGUCAGAAAUAUUUUCGCUAGAUAAUACAGGUGCAUGUUACUUUUAUUAUCCAAUCAGUUACUAAACAAUUUUGUUUUUAUUUCACUUUAGGGCAGUGUGUUAAACUUUCUUCUAACAGAAAGAUUUAAUGAAAAGUAUGGUCUUCAGUGGACUUUAUGGGGAGGUAAUUUAUUUCUUAACAAGUAACUUAUGAUAACCUUUAACACCCUAAGAGUGACCAGCUUCUAAUUUUUCCCCACAAUAUCACCCCUGAAUCAAACAUGAAGGUCGUAAAAAUAACAAAGAUGAUCACUAAUUUAAUAAGUUCUUGGUUGUUAACCAAAUUCUCCAUGUCAGUACCCAGGGAAAUAUAUACAGAAAAGGAAUAUGCAUACUUAUGUUUGGGUGUAAAGGGUUAAUUUCUGUUAACUGUUAUGUGAUGCAUAAUACCAUGGUGUUUCAUUGUUUUGUACAACUUAUUGAUGUCAUACAUUUGAUUACAUCUUUAUAGAAUUCACCUUAGCAAGCAGAUUGACUUUUGGGAGUUAACCAACUAUUAAUCUGACUAGUUAUUCCAUUCCAGUCUGUCUUUUUGGUCUCAGUAUCUUUUAAGUUCCAUGCAAAUUUAUUAUUCCAGCCAGGGCCCUUUUUAGAUAAUUCCAUGACUAGUUAGUGAGCCCCUAUAAAUUCCUUGUUCCUAAAACUUGCUGAGAAUGCUUUCUUUAUUGAACUUAAUUCUGUGUAAGUAAGAAAAUAAUAUAACCCUUUGACUCCUAAGUGUGACUAGCAUCCAAUUAUUCCUCACAUUAUCACUUCUGAAUCUCACUUAAAGAUGAAGAGAAUAAAGGAAAUGAUCACUAGCCAAAAACGCCCUUAAUUGUUAAACAAAUUCUCCUCCUCAGGACCUUAGGAAAUGUGUAGAAAACAGCAUAGAGAAUAUACAUACUGAUGUUAGGGUUUAAAGGGUUAAACACUCUUAAUGACCAUUUUUUUUUAAUAAGGAGCCAUCCUAUGUGGAGUGGGUGUUGUCUGUGCUGUUGUAGCAUCAUUAAUGGACAUUAUUGGGCUGAAGCAACUCAACAAGGUAUGGCUUAUAGUUAUUCAUUACACUGAAAAUUCUUGGAAAAAGCAGUUUCAGCAUUUACUUUGCAGAAAAGAUUAGGCAUUAGAAUCUCUCUGUGGUUACAGAUUCACAUAAUCAACUCAGUUGAUAAAACCAAAUUAUCUUGUCAUACCCCUCUAUUUGACACAGAACCACAGUUUCUUUCAAAACUUACCCUAUAAAUAUAUUUGGCAUCAGAGAUCAGGGAAUUUGCAAGCUAUGUAAUUUUUAGUUAAAUGUCAGUGGCUUCAGCUAUUUUAAAUUAAGAUGAGAAGAAUAUUCUCAUCUUAUUUUACACAAUUCUCUUGCUACCAUAUUUUUUAACGAAAACCUUAAGGGAAUUGAAAAAUACAAGUUAUGUAAUAAUUAGUUUCUUUAUUCUUUGACUGACAGCAAGUAGAGAUGGAAAUUGAGUCAAAGAGAAUGGUAAGUAAUUUUUUACACUAAGUGCGGUCAGUACACUGGUGCCUCUGUUAGUUCUUUUUGUCCAGUCAUCUUCUGACCUCUCCUUAGUUUGACUUUUGUUUUGAUUGUUGUGUUUAGAGACUCACAGACAUCAAGUACUUUUCAUCAUCUUUCUGGCUUCUGGCAUUCUGUCUAAUGUUUUUCUACAUUGGUGUAUUUCCCUUCAUUGCAAAUGCCAGGUAAUUUUUCUCUUCUAUGGGACUGUAAUUAUGAAGUUGACAUAACUUUGAAAGCAUUUUAGAAUUAAAUAUUAGGACCACAUACAGACUGAUUUAUCACCUAUGUCAGAACCCUUUUACUUUGUAAAACAUUUUUUACCUUUUCAAUUGUCUUGCAGUAAAUUCAUUUAUGUGAACUACAAUGAAACUUUCCGCUUUACCAAGCAAGAGUCUUCUUACAUUGCGGGAAGUGUGUAUAUGGUGUCCAUGAUAUUUGGACCUCUGAUGGGACUAUUUGUGGUAAGGAAAACAAAAACUACCUCAACUCUUUAACCCUUAAGCAUGACUGACAUCUAAUUUCUCCUGACCAUAUCACCUCUGAGCCAAACAUUAGGGUCAGGAGAAUAAAGGAAGAGAUCACCAACCAAAGAAGCUCUUGAUUGUUAGACAAAUUCUCCUUGUCAGCUCCUGAGGAAAUGUAUAGAGAACAGUAUGGAGAAUAUGCAUACUGAUGUUAGUGUGUAAAGGGUUCAGAAAAAAUUUUUAAUUAAUCUGUUGUAUUAUGGAGGUUACCAGUAGGAUCAUAUAAAAUCAACAGAUACCACAACUGCAACUCUUAUUAGGCACCUUCUCCCAUGUAAAUCUGGAAUUUGUUGGUUCUGAGCACUUCCAAAAUGACCUUCAGAUGACUUAUUGACCCAACCCUCUCAUGUUUGCCCUUCUGCUGAAGUUUAUUUUACGGACAAACUAUGUUUAUUUAGCUAGCUAUAGUAAGUGCAUGCAAUACCUAGAACUGUUAUCAUCUGCAAAAGUCAGGUUUUUGAAUGGUGGUCAUAAAGUAGGGAGCUACCUUCUAUUUAUUGUCCUGCAGGAUAAGUUUGGGCGUAGAGGGAUUCUUAUAUUCCUUUGUUCAGCUUUAACAAUACCAGUUUAUGGAUUUUUGGCAUUUGCACCAAAUGUUCAUCCCCUUGUACCCACCAUUUGGCUUGGCUUCACUUACUCCAUUGCUGCAGUAAGUUAAUCACUGGAUAAAGAAGUUGUAAAAUUUUAAAUGCAUGAAGCUAUGAUUUUAAGAAUUAAUUAGCUUCACUUGGUAAUGGUUCUGGUUACUGUGGUUCAAAGAGAACUACCUUAAAAAAAUAUGGAUUUUGUCAUUAAGAGCAAGCUGAUAUUGCUGUUAAAGUUUCUUUCUCUGCUGGUGUCAGUUUGUUUUCUACUGGUAAUAACUUAAGGGUACUAGGGAGAAAUGUGAUGGUUGUUACAGCAUGGGACAAGCUGGGAUAAACAUUAAAUAAUUAGGUGCUCAGUAAUUUGGGUAUUCAUGUAAUUUGAUUGCAUUUCAAUUGUGGUUUAAAACGAUUAUUAAAAUUCAUAGUGUUUUCCAGUUAUUAUAAAAUAUUGCAAUACAAUCAAUUUAUUUCUUCAAGAAGACUUAAGUUGUUUACUGUCUUCUUGUAGGCAUCUCUUUGGCCAUCAUUCCCUCUUGUUGUGGAACAGGCAACUGUUGGUGAGUUAACAAAAACAGGAACCAUUACUUUAACCUGAGCUCUUAGAAGAUUUUGAAUAGAUGUCCUUCCACAAUUAGCUUCCAGCCCUUUUAACCCAAAAAAAUGUUCAGAUGAAAGGCUUGGCUAAAUUGACAAUGACUAAGAACCCUGUUUCAUCAAAAAAAAAAAACAGCUAAACUUUGUCAAACAACUGGCCCCUUUUUUUUUUUCUUUUUACCCUCAUAGUAAUUCUUUACAUUGUUGCUGAUUAGAAAGUGUUCUAUCCCCCACACAGGUACUGCUCUAGGAUUAACAACUUCAAUUCAGAUGAUUGGUAUGGGAAUAGCUAACAUCAUUGUUGGAAAAAUGCUUGAUAUUAUAACGUAAGUAACAUGUUCUAUGUACAAACUCGUACAAUGCAUAUGAGAACGUUGUGACAGGUUUUUGAGGUAAACUGUUAAUUCUGAGACUUCUUUUUUACAUAUAUUUUUACUAAAGAGUUUUAUCCUCUUCCAACUUAUGGCCUGAGGUGAUUAUUUCAGUUACUAGGUACUCUUUUUUGACCUAUUCUUGUAAUUCCACUGUCUUAAUAGAAGUAUGAUUAACAUAAUUAAGAUUUUUUUUCUGAUUUCAGGUCUCAAUACAAAUGGAAGUAUGUUAUGAUUUUCUUGCUGGCCAAUACCUUGGCUUGUGUGACGUUUGCCAUUUUGGUGAAUAUUGAUGAUAGAAGAAAGGUAAAUGGCAGCCACUGUGAUUUGAUAAUUUAAUCCUUUAACCCUUAGAAGUGAUUUACUAAUUAUUCCUUACAAUUCCAAUGUUAUCUUAUGAACAGGUUAUGAGAACAAAAAAAGUUAUUGGCAAGGGGAUAUUCUCUUGAUAAAACACCAAAUUCCCCCUGUUUUAUUUAUAAGAAACUAUAAAGCAGUCAGAAGGGAGAAAGUAUAAUUGGAUCUUGAGACUAAAAGAGUUAUGUUUUAACUGGUAUAUCAUUCACAUAUUAUAACAAUGACUUUUCCUAGGGACUCAAAUCAUUCAAGCCUACAAGUAAAAGCAUUAUAUCAAAAAAUGUUGAUAACAUAAUAAAUUACUACAUGUUAACUAGUUUUUCCUUCUCUGCUUUCCUAUCUAGGGAGGUGUAUUAAAUCACUCACCAAGAAAAAGAGAUGAUUCAUUAAUAGAAGGACCUGGCAACAAUUAUGGAUCAAUUUCAACAUCAGGAUACACUAAAAAAGAUGCACUUCUUUAUGACUCCUCAACAUCCAUCAAUUAGAUCCAAGCAAACUUUCAUAAUUAUCAAUCAAUGCAUCUUUUUGUUUUACCCUUUUUUCCUUAAAUCAGUUUUCACCAUUUUACAGAAAGUUCACAUAAUCAAGACUCCAGUGUAAUUUUGUUUCCAGUAUUAUAUCUCCAGAUUUUGCAUGGAUUUAUAAAUUGACAGUCAAUACCUCUUACUAACUGAGUUCAAGGUCUGUACUGUUUGUUAUAGACCAAAUUUUUCUCCACUCAGAUUUAUGACCCAAUUGAAGGCCAUAAAUCCAAGUGGGAACAAUCAAUAUUCCAAAACUUGCAAAACAGACUGAAAAAAAAAGGCUAGUAUAAUAUUUUUGAUAUCUCUGGGUUCAAAUAUAGAAGGAAGAUUUCACUUCAAACAAACUUUAGAUUUAGGGAAGCAUACUGUGAAACAAGGCCCGCCAAAUUGACCAAUCAUAACAUAGGUAAUAACUAUAUACGAGAUCAAAUAAUUUAUAAAAAGGCUGAAAAAAUCAUGAAUUCUAAUAUUGAUUUAUUACAGUUUUUUAUUAUAAAUAAAGUAGAAUUUAAAAUUGAGUUUGUUGAAGCAAAAUUAAGAGAAGACGAAGAAUAAAUUAAAC